CUCGCAAUUGCACUAAGAUGACGUCACGCAAAAAUUACGCUCAAAAAUCCUCUCUCAUUGGCGCAAUCUUGUAUUCUAUCAUUCUUGACACAGACCUUUGGGUCAUCCGAUUUCCCCUACAAUCACAGACAUUGUCAUGGAUGACCUACUUGACAAUGUCAUCUCGGAGCUAAAGCAACAAUUUAACAUAGACAUCAAAUUUAUUUGCAAAUACGUAGACGACAUUUUUGCCAUAAUUAAACGUAACGACGCGAACAUCAUUCUAGAUACUCUUAACAAAUAUCACAAUAAAUUACAAUUCACGAUUGAAAUGAAAGUAAACUCUAAAAUUCCUUAUCUUGACGUCUGCAUCCAUAGAGAAAAACACAAUACAGAACACACAGAAAUAAACACAACAAAAAAGGUUUACAGUGUGACAUACAUCCCGAGACUAACAGAAAACUUUGAUCAAAGCAUAAUAGGCCGUUUAUGCUGGACGUUAAAGCUGCAUUUAGCACAUUUAGCUCUAAUGCUACUCUAAAAGUACAUUUACUCAUACAAAAUUCUCUACCUAAAUGCAACUAAAUGCUAAAUAUUUUUGGCAUUAAGAAUCUAAAUGCCGAAUGCAACUCUGUAAUCUUCGAAAAAACACCACGAUUCGAAGAAGGUGUAGUGAAAGAGAGUGGCAGCAUCGCUUGUUUGUGUAUACAUACAUAGAUAUUUGUUUACAUUCUGUUUUGCGUAUACAUACAUAAAUUGUGAUAUUUGUCCCGUAAUUUGCUUCAUUUCAUUUCAUUUAAAUUUCUUUGUGAUUUUAAUUAAAUAAAUAAGAAAAAUUUAUUAAAAAUAUGAAGCGAACGAGAUGUCCAUGGACCGCAGCAGCAGAGGAGGUGUUUGUGGAGUUGUGGCAGCAAAAACUGGAUGAUUUGAGGGGGCCUAGGAAAAACAGCCAUGUUUACCAAGAGAUGGCGGCUGAAAUGCAGAUGCAGGGCUAUAAUGUCAACUCCUCAUCAGUUAAAAUGAAGAUUGAUAAUCUGACGGCGAAAUAUAGAAGGGCCAAGACAGCUAUGGGAACAACAGGAGGCUCUCCUGCAUCAUGGCCUUUAUAUGAGCAAGUGCACCAAAUAAUUGGUGGCUUCUCAAUAAAUAAUGUAGAGGCUCUAAUUGAAGAAAGUUUUGAAGGUAAUUGUCGAUGGAAGACAUUCAAAUACUUUGCUUUUGAUGCAAAACUAUUUAUUACAUUUNCAGAAAGUUUUGAAG